AUGGGGGUAACGGUACUUCAACAAUUUCCCUUUGUGGAAAAUCGUACGGGUCCGCAAACGAUUGAAUUACUCACAAAGAGAAUCGUCGCUCUUGGAGCCGUUCAAUGUGGUCAAUUUCUCGUGGAUUGCGAAACGUACACGUCGACAUCGGCAUUGGGAUCCCAGAAAACUCUACACGUUUUCCAUAAUUCCGAACAACCGGCAACCGUUUUUUCAAUAUUGGAAACGGGAACGAAAACCGUUUCCCUCGUCGCAGACGGACUAUUCGAUCUUCUCAUGCUUAAAAUGACGUCUAUUUACACGUCGAAAAAACAAACGAAAUGCGAAUCGAAAGGAUCGAGAUUCGAACUGGGAGAUUUUUGCGUGAAAUUGGGAAACGUGACCAUGAGUCAGAGUUUCAAAGGAGUUUUGGUCGAGGUCGAAUAUCGACCCUGUUGCAUUCCUGCCAACUGUUGGGAAUUGCUCAAAGAGUUUUUACAAGGAUUUUUAGGAUCCUGCGUUCAAAGUGCUCCUCCGGCUUACCUUCAAGCUCGGAUAAAUGAUUUAUAUCAACCGAUUGAUACAAUACACCAAUAUUUGGAACAUUUUAGCUUGUACAGGAAAGCUCCGGGAGUCCGUUGA